AUGAUAUCAAUUUCAUCAUUUUCAUCAUCAACAUCAUCUGAAUUUUCGGAUUUCUUUCAAGCAAAACCUGGUUGCCAAACAAAAUGUGGGAAUGUUACCAUUCCAUACCCAUUUGGUAUAGGUGAUGGCUGCUCCAUGAGUAGUGAUAAAAAUGAGUUCGGUAAUACUGGUGGUUUUGUUUACAACAUUAUCUGUAAUGCAUCAUUUGAUCCUCCUAAACCCUUCAUUAAUGCAAGCGGCGACAAAUUAGAAGUCUUAAGCAUAUCUGAUACAGAGUUGCGCAUUAGAAACUCUUUCACAGAGCUCUACUUGAAUAAUACUCCAUUUACUGUGUCUCAUACCAAAAACAAUUUAUUUGGGGUUGGAUGCGGGCUUAGGGAGGUGUCAAUUUAUAAACUUGGGGGAGAUAUCAAUGGUGAUUUAACACUAGCAUCGAAAAGACAGUGUGAAUCAAGCUGUGCGACUAAGGAACAAAGGAUAAACACAUCUUGCAACAGCACUGGAGGGUACAUUUGUUGCGAAACAGCAAUUCCAAAGGGUUUGAAGAGAUUUUUUGGAGCGGCACCGUUGUUUAGUGAAAUAUUCUUCACAUGGAGUGAUGAUAAUAUGUGCACCUUUGCCUUAUUGGCUGAGCUAGAUCAGUACUCGUUCAACCCAUUGGAUCUUACAAUGGAUGGUUUAAUUAGCACAUAUAAAAGUAGAGUCAUUCCUGUGGUGCUUGAUUGGGCUGUAGGGUCUAAUACUACUUGUGAUGAAGCACGACAAAACCAUAAAGCUUACGCAUGCCAGGAAAAUAGUGAUUGUUUAGAGACAAUACAAUUCCGGGGAAAACAAGGAGCAUUGAGUAAUCUAGGAUAUCGAUGCACUUGCAAGACAGGAUUCGAAGGAAACCCUUAUCUUGCACCUGGAUGCGAAGAUGUGAAUGAGUGUGAAGAUAAGAUCAACAGUCCCUGCGUAGGAAAUUGUACCAACACAUUUGGAAGCUACAAAUGUUCUUGUCCAGUAGGCAUGAGUGGUGAUGGGAAGAAGGACGGACUUGGUUGCAGUACUACUGUUGGCCAAGCAGGAUUUCCAUUGAUGAGGGUUGUUAUCGGUAUCGGAUCUGGUUUGUUAAUUUUCAUUCUCUGCGCCUUCCUUUUAAACUCAAGCAUCCGGAAACGUAAGCUACUCAAGCUUAGAGAGAAAUUCUUUAAACAAAAUGGUGGAUUGUCACUAACACAACAUUUAUCUUCCAACGAAAACGGCACAGAGUCAACAAGAAUCUUCACAUCUGAAGAAUUAGAAUUGGCAACUAAAAAAUUUAAUGACAGUGAAGUUCUCGGGGAAGGAGGGUACGGAAUAGUUUACAAGGGAACUUUAUCCGACAAUCGUGUAGUCGCCAUAAAAAAGUCCAAGGUAUUUGACCAAAGUCAAGUCGAGCAGUUCAUAAACGAGGUUCUUAUUUUAACACAGGUUAACCACAGAAAUGUGGUGAAGCUGUUGGGUUGUUGCUUAGAGACUGAAGUUCCUUUGCUCGUGUACGAAUACGUAUCUAAUGGUACACUUUUCGAGCAUAUCCAUCACAAGCACGGUUCUACUGAGUUACCUUCUAUGACCUGGGAAAGUCGUCUGAGAAUUGCAACUGAAACUGCAAGUGCAAUUGCAUAUUUACAUUCGGCGGCAUCUCCACCCAUCAUUCACAGAGAUAUAAAGUCUACCAACAUAUUACUAGAUGAAAAUUUCACAGCUAAAGUUUCAGACUUCGGAGCAUCAAGGUUAAUUCCCUUAGAUCAAACUCGUGUAAAUACACUAUUUCAUGGGACUUUAGGAUAUUUGGAUCCGGAAUACUUCAUCACAAGCCAACUGACACAUAAAAGUGAUGUGUAUAGCUUUGGUGUAGUUCUUGCUGAACUCUUAACGGGUGAACUGCCAAUUUGCUUUGAGAAGCCAGAAGAACAAAGAAGUCUUGCAACACAUUUUUCUUCGUUAAAGGAAGGAGAUAAUGUGUUCCAACUUAUUGACGCUAAAGUUACAAGUGACGGGAAAGCCGAGGAUCUCUUCGCAGUAGCGAAGAUCACAUGGAAGUGUCUUAAACUAAAGGGUGAAGACAGACCUGUUAUGAAACAGAUAGCAGCAGAUCUAGAAGUUUUGCAAAGGAUAGACACAUUCGGGUCAAAUUAUCAACCAAGCCACCAGAGUGGAACGUCACACUUACCAUCGGAGCCAAGUGAUCUCUAUAGUGUCCCAAUGAGUUCUUUCGGUGACUCAAGCCAGUACAGUGCUGUAACAAGUACGACUCUCCCUGUAACAAGUAUGAUUCUCUCUAUGAAUAUCCCAAGGUGA